UACAUAUCUUAUCUUAUCAUUUAUUACGAUUGAAAUGUAAAGCUUUUGUAUUGUAUGAAUUCCUAAACACAAAGACCUACAAUGCCAUCAUCAAAUGGGUUAACUCUAAGUGAAUAACUUUGAAAAAACAAAAUUAAACAAGAAAAAUACUACAGUUACGAAAAAACGAACGAAAAUUUAUCAACGAAAAGCAACAUAGAAAGCGGAGUGCGGACAAAAUUUAAUUGAAAAUCUUUUAAGAAAAAAAUUAAAUUAAAAACUUUUACAAAAAAAAAAAGCUUAAAAAUGGCAGCCGAAAACACUUUAGAAAAACAAAUCGGUUGUAUUAAAUACACCCUCUUCUGUUUCAAUAUAGUAGCCUGGAUGAUAGCUACUUCACUGUUUGCUCUCACCGUCUGGCUAAGAGCUGAACCUGGAUUCAAUGAAUGGCUGCGCAUAUUAGAGGCUCAAGCAUUCUAUAUAGGUGUUUACAUUUUAAUAGCCACUAGUAUUAUCUUAAUGGCAGUAUCAUUUUUGGGUUGUUUAAGUGCUCUUAUGGAAAAUACCCUGGCUCUGUUUGUGUUCAUAGGCACUCAGGUAUUUGGUUUUAUAGUAUCCACCAUAGGUGCCGCCCUAUUGCUGCAAUACAGUACAGUACACUCUAGUCUACAACCUUUGCUAACUGUUAGCAUUAAACGUUUUGUUAGUACCUCGGAAUAUUCCUAUUCUUCGUAUGUACUCAAUAUGAUACAAGAAAACAUUGGUUGCUGUGGUGCCACUGGACCUUGGGAUUAUUUGGAUCUACGUCAACCUUUACCCACUUCUUGUCGUGACACCGUUAGUGGUAAUGCUUUCUUUAUAGGUUGUGUGGAUGCUUUGACUUGGUUCUUUGAGGCCAAAACUUCUUGGAUUGUGGCUUUAGCUUUGGCCUUGGGUUUGCUUAAUGUUAUCUGUGCUGUUAUGAGUUUGGUUUUGGUGCAAGCCGUCAAAAAGGAAGAGGAUGAAGCUCGUGCUUAUAGACAUUAAAAGAUGCAGUAGCAGAAAUACGCUCUCUUUUCAAAAUUUAAAAUACACAUUCAUUUUAAUUUUAAGCCGUUUAUAUACAAUUGCACAAACACAAACAAAAAGCCAUAAAAUGCCGAAUGAACUUCUUUUUACAAAUAUCAUUUCUAUUUAAGUUUUGUAUUUAAUGUUAAAAAUGAAGUAAUUUAUACAAAUAAUUUAAUUAAGUUUUAAAAAUAACACCAUUUUUUUUGAAUAAAUUUAUUAAAAAAACAUAUUUUUGUAAAUUCUUCUGGUAAAGAGAAGAAUUACAAAAACGAAAAA